UGGCAGGGCCCACCCAGCGCUGGUUAAACCCCACGCGGUGCCCGGUGCCUGGGUUGCUCUCAAGCCACGGAGCAGGACUCUGCAGCUGGCUGGAUCAGCUUUCAGCAGCCCUUUGAAAGCGGAUCCAGUGUCUCCCCCUGGCUCCCCCUCCCCGCUCAUAUCGAUGUCCUGGAUCGAGCUUCCUAUGACUCCGAUGAUCCCUGUAGCUGAAUUCAAGCAGUUCACGGACCAGCAGCCAGCCUUCAAGGUGCUCAAGCCCUGGUGGGAUGUGCUGGCCGAGUACAUCACGGUGGCCAUGCUCAUGAUUGGGGUUUUCGGCUGCACCCUGCAGGUGACACAGGAUAAGAUCAUCUGCCUCCCCAACCACGUCCCCGCCGGUGCUUCGCACUCUGUUGACACGUGCCAAAAUUUCGCCAGGAAGAGCCUCAACGCCUCGGAGCCAGACACAGCCCAUCCAGCCCGAGAGAUGAGUGGCCUGCGCAACAACCUGGACAUCCAGCAGUACAGCUUCAUCAACCAGAUGUGCUACGAGACAGCCCUGCACUGGUACGCCAAAUACUUCCCCUACCUGGUGGUCAUCCACACCCUCAUCUUUAUGGUCUGCGCCAGUUUCUGGUUCAAGUUCCCUGGCACCAGCUCCAAGAUCGAGCACUUCAUCUGCAUCCUCGGCAAGUGCUUUGACUCGCCCUGGACUACCCGGGCCCUCUCUGAGGUCUCUGGGGAGAACCAAGAAGGGUCAAGCCCAAAGAAGGAAGACCGGCCCCCCGCCUCCACUACAGCCGUCCAGUCCAUCUCUGAGAAGAAGGUAGCGGAGGCUCCCUCCGUCAGCCUGCUGGACAAGAAGGAAGGGGAGCAGGCCAAGGCUCUGUUCGAGAAGGUGAAGAAGUUCCGGCUGCACGUGGAGGAGGGCGACAUCCUCCACACCAUGUACAUCCGCCAGACGGUUCUCAAAGUCUUCAAGUUUCUGAUCAUCACAGCCUACAAUGGGGCCCUGGUGCAGAACAUCCACUUUAUCGUGCCCUGCAGCGUGGAGAUGGAAGACAUGACAGGCUAUGGCCACUUUUGCUGCAACCACACGAAGGCCCACCUCUUCUCCAAGCUGGCCAUCUGCUACAUCUGCUUCUUGGGUGUCUAUGGCCUCACCUGCCUCUACACGCUCUACUGGCUCUUCCACCGGCCGUUGAAAGAGUACUCCUUCCGCUAUGUGCGGGAGGAGACAGGCAUCAGCGACAUCCCUGACGUCAAGAAUGACUUUGCCUUCAUGCUGCACCUGAUUGACGAGUACGACUCCCUUUAUUCCAAGCGCUUCGCUGUCUUCCUCUCCGAGGUCAGCGAGAGCAAGCUCCAGCAGCUCAACCUCAACCACGAGUGGACGGAAGAGAAGCUGCGGCAGAAGCUGCAGCGGAAUACGCAGGGCCGCCUGGAGCUCCACCUCUUCAUGCUGCCCGGCCUGCCUGAUGCCGUCUUUGAGCUGACGGAGAUGGAGGCCCUGAAACUGGAGCGGCUCAAGGACGUGACCUUCUCACCACUGGUGGCUCAGCUCGUCCGCCUCCACGAGCUCUCCCUGCCCCUGGUCUUCCUACGGGACCACCUCAAAGUGAUGCAGGUCACCUUUGAUGAGAUCAAGGACAUGCCACUGUGGAUCUACAGCCUGCGUGGGCUGGAAGAGCUCCACCUCUCCGGCCUCUUCAGCCAAGACCUGGGGAGAACAUCCGGCCUGGAGAGCCUGCGGGAACUGAGGAACCUGAAGGUGCUCACGUUGCACAGCAACAUCGCCAAGGUGCCACCCAGUGUGACCGAUGUCUCGGCCCACCUGCAGCGGCUCUGCAUCCUCAACGACGGCACCAAGCUGGUGACCCUCAAUAACCUCAAGAAGCUGGUCAACGUUCGGGAGCUGGAGCUGGUCAACUGCAACCUGGAGCGCAUCCCCCAUGCCGUCUUCAGCCUGGUCAGCCUGCAGGAGCUGGACCUGAAAGACAACCAGCUGCGCUCCAUCGAGGAAAUCAUCAGCUUCCAGCACUGCCGCAAGCUCGUCUGCCUCAAGCUCUGGAGCAACCACAUUGCCUAUAUCCCCGAGCACAUCCGGAAGCUCAAGAGCCUGGAGCAGCUCUAUCUCAACCGCAACAAAAUAGAGGUCCUGCCCUCUCAGCUCUUCCUCUGCACCAAGCUCCGCUACCUUGACCUCUCCAACAACAGCAUCCACGUGAUACCCCCGGAGGUAGGUGUGCUCCAGCAUCUCCAGUACUUCGCCAUCUCCUCCAACUCGGUGGAGACUCUGCCUGAGGAGCUCUUCUUCUGCAAGAAGCUAAAGACUCUGAUGGUGGGACACAACAAGCUCUCCACCCUCUCUCCCCGCCUGGGCAACCUCUCCUUGCUCAGCAAGUUGGAGCUGAAAGGGAACCGUCUCGAGACCUUGCCACCUCAGAUUGGGAAGUGCCAGGCGCUCAAACGCAGCGGCUUGGUGGUGGAAAGCACCCUCUAUGAGAUGCUGCCCAUGGACAUCCGGGAGAGGCUGGAGAGUGAAUGAGAAGAGGAGACACUCAGCAGCAGGUACAGACUCUUUGGCCACCUGCAGAAAGACUGACGGACAUCUAGAGCUGGGAAGGCCUGGUUUGCCACGCCCCAGUGCACCUGUCGCUCCCAGGCCGGAGUUGCAAGGGCACCUGGGAGAUCUCCCAGCGGGACUCUUACCAAAGAAUCGGCCCCCCUGGCUAUGGCUAUGGGGGACUCACCUUUUCAUCCCAGUGCAAACAGGGACAGUCAGGGACCUGUACGGCAGGGCUGCCAUGCUUGAUAGUGGAUUGCGCGGGAGAAAUGACUCUAUUUAUACUUAUUUUUUAGUGUUAAC